UAUCUAUUUCGCCUUUGUCUGGCUUCAUUCUUCCUGGAUGUGGUCAAGGGAUGACGUGGACUAUAUUUCUGUAGUAAUAUCCCUCCGCGGAGACUGUUCUGUACUUCGGUGAGAUGAACACAACAUUGCACGUCAAUUUCUGCAUGAGCUCUGAGCAGGAAAUUGGGUUUUAUUCACCGGAAUCAUUAUCUGACCGCAACUACUCGGCUCUCGUCGAUUCUACAACAUCGUCAGAUGAAAUGAAAGAUUGAUGGACGGGAACAUUGUGUUACCCAAUCCUCCUCCACGGCCAGUGUCUCAAGAUGGCAAGCCUUAUUUUGCUUGGCCAAACAGGCAAGGUGGCCAAGAGGCAGCAUAUUCUGUUCCUAGCCAGACUAUGGCUGGAUUUCCCCCAUCUGCAGAGUCAGAAGGAAUCCCCACUUCAGAACACGGCACAAUGUGGCACCUGGAUCCAGACGUCAAGGAAGAAAGAAGUGAUAAGGACUUGAAUGAAUACAGUGAGGACCAGAGGAGUGACAUUCAGGGCUCUCCAGCGGGCAUGCGCUACCCACCACCAUCCUCGGACCAAAUGCUGAGCGCCAUCAACUGUAGCACUGAUGACCUGCAUGAUACGGAAGGCUCACUCAUCGAAGAUGCUGCCUCCAUCUCUAAUGGGAACCGCCUGGAGGAUGGUAUCCUUGGUGAUGGCAUCUCCAUGGGGACGGCACAGAAUUACUCACUGUUUGAAGACCAUGGAGGGGUGGUGGAUCCCGAGGCACCUCCCUACAUCUCUGAAGCCCAGCUGUCCCCUCACAACAUGGAGGAGCAUAGCCCAUUUGUUUCCAUGGCAACCAUGGGAGGUGCUGACAUGGUCAUGAAGAAGGAGCCACCAGAAAGGCCCAGGUCUGCAACACCACAGGCUCGGAAAGGUCCUCGACCUAUAGCAAGGGGAAGGUCCAGCUCACUGGACAGCCAGCUGUCCACAGGCAGCACAGCAAGUUCAGGGUCGGAUAGCAAGUCUACUAAGAAGCGGGCAGGUCGGCCAGCCCGUGGUUCGCCCUCCCGUCAUCCCGUGGACUGUCCACAGUGCGGGAAAACAUUCAGCUCUUCUAGUUCCCUCGCCAAGCACAGGUCCACACAUAGCGAGGAACGCAAGUAUGUCUGCCAGAUCUGCGGCAAGGCCUUCAAGAGACAAGACCACUUAAAUGGACACAUCAACACCCAUCGCGAGAGGAAGCCAUUUCCGUGCAUGGUUCCAGGCUGUGACAAGAGCUACUGUGACACCCGCUCCCUCCGUCGUCACUUCGAGCUCCACCACAGUGAGCUGGGGCCCUUCUACCUACCCUCCCCUCCAUCCCCCCAGCAGGCCAUGACUGCCAUGACCAGGGGAGUGCCUCCCACUGCUAUGCCUCCCCCAUCCACCAGCCGGGACCCUCAGCUGUCCUACACCCAGGCAGGAGAGGUGGCGGCCCCCACCACAGAGAUAUCAGCACCCAGGCCUCCCGAAGAGGCUGUAGUGACAAGCAGCCAAGUUCAGCAGAGAUCUCAUGGAGAGGCAAUGCAGUCUCUCGCCCAGUUUGCGAGGAGAGCACAGCAGCAGCAGCCACAGCCGCAGCCUCCUUCGUACCAGGAGCGUCCCCAGCAGCCUGGAGCUUCGUACAAUGCCUGGGCUCUGCCAGACCAACCCACAAGCGGUACUCAGCCUCGAUACACCGUCAACCUGGACAGUUUCUUUGCUUCCCAGCUGGUAGCAGCAGCCAACGGUGGCGCUGUUGGCUCUACACAAAUGGUCCUCCCGCAGCAAGUUUUCUCUCAGCCGCCACCUGCAUAUAUGCCCCCUACUAGCCAGGUGCAGAUUACACAGGCACACGUUGCACAGGCAGCGAACCAUGCAGCUCAAAGUGUGAGCCAGGCUCAGAUGGUUCAGGGUGCAAACCAGGUGCAGAUGAUCCAGGCUGCAAACCAGGCCCAUGCGGCUCAAUCAGGAAUGCAAGCACAGAUGUCACAAGCCACGGACCAGACACAGGUGCAGAUGGCUCAAGCAGCAAACCAGAGGCAGAUGGCUCAAGCUGUGAGUCAAGCACAGAUGGCUCAGGCAACAUCACAGGUGCAGUUGGCUCAAGCAGCAAACCAGGUACAGAUGAUCAAAGUAGAAAACCAGCCACAUGUCACCUCCCAGGCUCCGUUGGGUCACGUUACCAACCAGGUACGGGUAUCUCAGGCCGUGAGUCAGCCACAGGUGACACAUGAGGCUUUGGUCAACCGAGCACAAGCUGUGCAGGCUACAUCCCAACUGCAGUACAAUCAGGCAGCAAACAAUGCACAGGUGGCCCAGAGACUUGCCCAGGCACAAGCACAGGCUGGAGACGUCAGGAGAGAGGUCCCGGCACCACCAGGAUUCGGCACAACACCAGGAGGCCCCUGGCAACAGUCUUUCCCAUACGAACUUCAAGCCCUGCUGACAAGUAACCAUAGUCAGUGGUCGAGGCAAGCCCCUGUCCCCGGAAGUAAGACUGUACCAGCCCAGACCGCUGCUGCACCCCAGAAGCCAGUGGAGUGUCAGACAUGUGGUCGCCAGUUUCGCAGCCUUCCAGCCCUCAAUGGCCAUAUGAGACUUCAUGGCGGUUAUGAGAAGAAUAAGAAGAAAGAUCCGUCGUCAGAAAGUCUGGCUGCCCUGACCCAGACUGUAGCAUCUAUUGGGCAGGAGGAGCAGGCAACACCAGACCAGCUGGGCGAGUCUGCCCACCCUGUGCUGCAGUCUCUGGUGAUGGGGACUGCUACAGCAUCAUCUAUGGCAACUGGUCAUUCAUCAACAACCAAUCCAGCAUUGCUUCAUCGCGGAGCUGGGGGGAAUGAGUCAGGAGCUGUCUUAUCAGACUUUCUGUAUCCGUCAAAAGAAAGUGCACCACCAGUUAAAACUGAGAUCCGUUUGCCUGAGACUACUACUCAUCUACCUGGCAGCUACUCUGCUCUGAAACGGCAACACCAGCUGGGAACGGCAACACACAGAGGAGAAAGUAGCCAGUCAGACAGUGAAGGGCCACCGGAGUUAGAAAGAAUGGACUUUUCAAACUACGAGGCAACUAUGCUGAGUCAGAGACAGCAGCCACAACUGUCUCCCGUCACGUCCUCUACAGAUUCUACUAAGGAAAUAGCAAAUGUUGUUGCCUCACUGCUAGCUCAAGACUUUUCUAACCAAGGCAGCUAUCCCACACAGUCUACCACAAUUGGGUCCUCAGCACUACAGCAACAGUCCCACGGCUCAAACUCAGUUAGUUUCUCCCUACCCUACACUUCUGCAGGACUCACAAUUCCUACCAACUACUCCAGCAAAGCUAGCACGAUUGUAUAUUCUGCACAACCUGUGAGAAGCCAGGCAUCUUCCACAGGAGAGGUAUGGAGAACGCCUGUCAUUUCUGUGUCCCCCGUUCUACCCAAGAAGACGAAGCCUGAACCUGACACUAUGAGCUCUCAGGCUGCUGAGUCCACUGCACCGUCAGUGCCGCGCAAACGGAAACCUCCGGCGUUAAACAUUCCCGACAGUGUGAACGCCCACGUGGCGGUGGGACCCAUUGUUUACCAGUCACACAUGAGGUCCCCCCGUGCCCUGAACGGGGACUUCAUCUUCACCCAGGCACAGGGGGCUGAGCCCCCAUACACCCCCCCGCCAAUGUUGAGUCCCAUCCGGGUAGGAUCAGGCCUGUACUUCAGCACAUUCUGCAAGAAUGAGAAUGAGAAGCUGCUGACUCCUGCACCCAGACAACCGUCCACCCCCUUCCUGAGCCCCAGUCCAAAUCUACUCUUCAGCAGACAAUGGAGCUGGCAGGAAGCAGGUGUCAGGCCAAAGGUCAACGUUGGACCCAACUUCCAGGCAGAUUCCAGGCAGAUCCCAGAAUGCAAUAGAAACAAAGCAGAUGCUCUUAAGGAAGAAGAGAAAGCUGAGCUGGUGUUCCACCCAGAGUGUGUGGAGAAAUUGACUGAUAAGGAAGUGCGAGCAUACUUGGAAGCAGCUUGUUCUAAAAUCGCCCCUCUGGGAGGACGCAACAAGGAGUAUGCCUUCCACCUGUUGUACAGGUGUAAUGGUGACAUCAUGACGGCAGUGCCUAAACUGAUGACAAAACCAGCCUUGCUUCCUAAGGAUUCUUUCAUGCAGACAUAUCAUUAUUCAGGCUCGACACGAUGGAACAAGAAGGACAAGGCCAACUUUGAGGAGGCCAUCAAGCAGUAUGGGAAGAGCUUCAGUGACUUCAAGGAAUUUCUCCCAAACAAGACUGUUGAUCAGUGUGUGGAGUUCUACUAUCGCUGGAAGCACACCACGGGGAAGAAGGACAAAGUCAUCCUGGGACGGACCCGGCUGCAGGCGCGGCGUGCAGAGGAGGCACAAUGGGGGCGAUCAAUAUCCUUUGACUCGGAAGUGGAGACCCCUAGAACCAUCUUGCCACAAUUUGUUAGUCCUGAGAGCAGCUUUGUCAAACCUUCGUCACCCACACCUGAACCCAGUCAUGUCUUCUGCUGUACAAUCGAAGGAUGUAAUGCGACUUUCCCUACAAGACAAGGGCUUAAUGGCCACACAAGAGUCCAUGGUGGCACUGGCAAUAGCAAUCAAACAGCAAAGAGAAACAGCAAACCUGACAACGGCAAGAAGAAGAGAAAGAGGAGACGAAGCAAUAGUUUAUCUCCUCCUCCAUCCAAUGCCUCCGCCACCUCCCAUGAGAGUGGUGAGUCCAGUAUGACUGGAGCUACUGCUGUGGAGGGGGAGGAGUUCCCCUGCAGAAUAUGUGGCAAGGUGUUUCACAAAGUGAAGAGCAGAUCAGCUCACAUGAAGACUCACCGCAAGGUUGACAGGGAGGAGGAGAAGACGUCUGACAAGAUUCAUGUACCUGAAGCUAGCAGGGUGUCAGUUCUCCCAGACAGGGGGCUCCCCAUGUCCAACCAUACCAACACAUUCGAAGAAGAUCUACAAGAUGCAUUUGAAUAAUAGAUUGCCUUUACUACAUUUUACUACAGACUUUCAUGUAUGUGUAUCAUGUGAGUGCAAAAGACUCAAACUGUUCCCACCCAGCUAAUGUGGGGAAUUUUAUUCGUGUAAUGUUUUUAACCAGAAACGUUUUAUUUCCUCCUUCAUAUUGUACAUUACGAUGUCAUCUUUUAUCACCAUCAUUCCAAUGUAUGUUUAAAUGAACUACCGGUAAGCUAAUUUUACACUAUUUAUGGAUUUUUAAUCAGCUGUAGAUUUUGCUUUGGUAUCUAGUGCUGCAGCAAACUAUCUAUUUGUACACUGUGGUGUUGUAAUUCCUUUGUUGAUCACUAGGUGAAACAUGUGUAGAAGAGAAAGAAGGUUUUGUUGAAAUGAACAGAUUGUAUGCAAGCAUAAAGAUAUGCACCUUGCUGAUUCAUUUUGCAUAGUUUUAUAAAUUUCUGUACAUACAAAAAUGGAUUGCUUGAAAAAAAGAUAUAAAUUCACAGCUUUGCAUUGACAGGAAGCUGAAUUUUGAUGUCAUCAGAAUAGGAUUUGUUCGUAACAUGGUUAGAUUGGUCUUGUCAGUUUCCAUGUUUAUGAACAUGACCAGAACUUUGUGUGUACAAAAGACUUUUCAUUGACCUACCUGGGGACAUGAGGAUGUAGGGAAUUCUUCUACAUAUUUGCUGUAAGAAAAGGACUUCUUUUGUGUCUUUAACAUUGACAGGCAUGGGAUUGAAGGUUGCAUAUUGUUCCAGGUCGUAACAGCCAAUAAUAGACAAUCUACAAAAUAGACUGUUACAUGUAUCUGGUAAGGUCUGGCACACUAGAAAACAUUUGCAUGGAGUAAUUGGGAGGUUAGUGGCAUUUCCUGCAAUCGUGGCAUUUGUCAACGUUCACAAACGUACACCUUUACCAGUAUAUCAACAGCUCUUCAGCAUAGCACCCCAACAUUCACUCAUGUCUGACUUUGUAAGUGAUGAGUUGUUUGGUGAUUGGACAGUCGAUGACACUCCACCAUGGCAGAGAAGGAAUCUUGGACUGACAACCCUUGUCUGAUGUUAUCAUAAAUAUAAUGAUACAUGUGUACUCUGUAGCUGUCACCAGGUAGCAGUCAUAGUCUGGACCUCUCUGAAGUGCAAUAACAAUGGGAGGCCUUCAAUCUACUCUGUUGAAGGCAUGAGUACUGACUACUUUAUAUUAAGCAUUUUUUUGUACAAGGGCUAUAAAAUAAGCUUGUUCUCCACAUGCCUUUAAUAUCUAGUUCAGCAGCCUUGGCUGUAUGUAAUGCUGCAGCCAGAGCAAUAAAAUUAUUAAAAGUAAAAAAAUAUGAAUAUAUAUAUAUAUUAUAUGUUGGUACUAAAUGUUGAAAUUUUGUGAAUAUUUUACCUUGUAAAUAGAGUAAUGCAUAUAUUUUUGUUGGGUGUAUGUCUAUCUAGAUAGUUUAUCAGUAAUGUGAGAUUACAUUAUCAAAAUUUAGAGUCUAAAACUCUACAAAAAUACACAUUGUUCACAUUUUUAUACUAUAGAAACUGUUAACUAUGAAUACUAUAGACACGGAAGUUACUACUUUUGCAAUGUACAUCUAAUGGUAUGUUUCACCAAGUUACAAAGUUUUGUGCUGGUAAGAGAAGAUGCUGUAGUGGGCAUUUAGGGGAAUAAUACUACAUGUGUCUCACUUAUUUCAUGGUUUAUUAGUGUGAUGUCAUUUACAUAGUGAAGCCUCCCUUUUCACAGCUUCACUGUAUAUUAGUAUGUACCUUGCAGACAUUAAGUCAUCAGAUACAUACAGAAGUACAUUGGAAGAUACCAUAUAUUCUUUCUAUGUGAAUUCAAGCGUAGCCAACUAAGCCACAGUUAAACAAAGUCAUGUCAACACAGUAAUACUGUAACAUAGUUUUUCAGCAAUUCUUUUUUCAUGUUUAUACCUAAUACAUUUGUUUCAAAGAAGAUAUGCUCUAUUUGUUGUAAAUACAGUACCUGCCUUAUAUGGUGAUAAUGCUUUGCACAAUGUACCAUAUAGUUUUAGCAUCUGAAUUUGUUUGCAAAAGCAGUUAACAUCUUAUCUGUCUGUAUUUGGAUGCAUGGCACAUGACAGUUUGUGGACUCUUCAGUUUCAGUCAUGCUGUAGUUUUGUGUGAAGUUCCAAACAAUUUUUAUUUCAAGCCACAGUCUGUCUGUGAAUGUUAUUGUCAGGACUCCUUUUUACCCAGUAAGUAUAAUUUUCUAUUGUUGUAAUACUCCCAAUAUUUUGUCGACAGAACAUAAAUUCACUAUGAUCAAAUAUA